AAGAUAUUUAUUUCCAUAUCUAUGGAAGGAGGUCCCUCCUGGCUGCACAGCCGCAUCCUGUAUCAUAUGUUAAUGAAGUUAAUGGUGGAGCUCCAGUGACAGCCGGCUGCUGAAGACCAAUCAGAGAGCUCGCAGAUGGAAGUCAGUGUGUUUGAGGCUCUGCAGGCAGGAGGUGUUUGAAGAACCAUGUCGGCUCCUCCAGUGAUGUAAAGAAGGAUCCCUUUCGCUUUUAUCCGAUUUUCACCUCCUAUACAGCUGUGAACAUGCACACUGUAACCUAUCACUGCGGGGAACGCUUUUUCACCAACAAUGCAUUGGACUUAAGUGUGGAUUUGUUCCAAGUUUUCCUCGCUGUCCGACACAACUCAUGAAACCCUCUUCAGAGCGACGGGUUUAUGGACUCGCGUAUUAGCUAAUGAUGUCUAUGGGUUUCAUGCCUGACAGUCUGAAUGCCUCAGAUCCCUCCAAAUCGGCCUUUCUAGAGUUUGGCCACGGACAUCCGGCACACCAGCAGCACUCCCCCGGACUCUCUCACAUUUACCCCGUCCAUGGCUUACACGCUGCUGGGCAUUCCCAGCACGAAAGUCCUUUUCCUGGCAGCGCGUCCUAUGGCCGCUCUUUGGGCUACGCCUACCCCGGCGCGGUGAACACUCAUCCCCCGUCUGCUUACAUGCCCUACCAGCACAGCAAUCACUGCAGCAACAGCAGCAGUCUGGCCCACAGCAGAUUAGAGCAGACAGAUCGCGAGAAGUCCACGGUGAUUGAGAACAGGGAUAUUCGUCUGAAUGGCAAGGGGAAGAAAAUCCGGAAGCCUCGGACCAUCUACUCCAGCCUGCAGCUGCAGGCCCUGCACCAGCGCUUCCAGCAGACCCAGUACCUGGCCUUACCGGAGCGGGCCGACCUGGCCGCCAAACUGGGGCUCACCCAGACUCAGGUGAAAAUAUGGUUUCAGAAUAAGCGCUCUAAGUAUAAAAAGAUCAUGAAGCAUGGCAGCGGAUCAGAGGGAGAACAUCUCCACAGCACCAGCUCCAUCUCCCCCUGCUCGCCCGGGUUGCCCCAGCUUUGGGAGGUUUCCAUGGCGAACAAAGGAGCCUCAAUGCACCCAAACAAUUACAUGAACAGUUUUGGUCACUGGUAUCCAAACCACCAUCCUCAUCAGGACGCGAUGCCCAGGCCUCAGAUGAUGUGAGUGGAUUGUUGUUUUUUUUUGGUGCCGUGCAGACCAGCUGCUCGGCCUGUGAGAAGCGCACUACACUGAACCGGCUGGUCUCCCUCGAGGCCUCUUCUCAGACCUGAACUGCCUUUUAAACGUGUGUCUCGUAUUCACUGUAUUUCGUGUGCGUUUGGAAUUAUAAUUUCACUGCAAAAUAUUCUACCAGGCAUUAAAUGCUUUUUUUUUUUUUUUUUUUUUUUUUUAAGAUUUGUUAUUAAGUCGCUGCAACCUCUGGUGCUCGACACCAUCUCACUGACAUGUGGAUUUAGUGUGUGCAGUUUACUAAGAGACUCUGGAUAAAGCAACUUUUCAAAAAAAAAAAUCUUGUGUGCAUGGGUCUAUUUUAUUAGUGCUGGACUUUCAGCUCCGUGAGCCAACAAAUGCUGUGUGGGUUAUGCACAUAAAUGAUUACGAUUAUGAUUAAUAUGUGGUGUGACAAGUUUGUGUAGGUAGCUUCUUCACGUGACACGUUUUCAUUAACACAUAUUUUAGAGGGCGAGGGAAGCUGUGAGACAAAGGCUUUUAAAGUGGUUCUGUGAUCAUUCAUAGCUUGGGUCUCAGCUCUGAGGGCUGAGUACAGUUCAGAAAAAAUGUGUCGCUCAUAAAUUAUUAUUGCUUAAUAUUUUUAGAAUAUUUAGGUUAAAAUGAAAACCAACUUAAUCAUCCUACCUUAAAGGAAAAAGCAGUGGAUGGUGAAACAGAGGGAUGCGGGCUGGAACCUUUACGCACAACACAACAAAAGACACUUUGCUAUUUUAAAAAAAUAAACAAAAAACAUUUCAAAUAUCUUGGCUGCAUUUUUCUGCUUUAUCUGAAACAAAAACAAACAAAAAAAAAUCCACUUCUCUUCUACUUUUAAAGAACGAGGGAACAUAUGAGGCAACAUCCCUCCUUUUUUUCUCACCAGAGAGAGACACAUGCCGUGAGGAGAGAGGAGAGAGGAGAGAGGAGAGAGGGGAGAGGGGACGUGCAAGCCAACACUUCAACGAUGUUUUCUUUCUUCUUUAACUGAGCUCAAACUCGCCGUUGUCAUGAUAAAAUGACAAAUGGCUGCGCAAGCCCUCCAAUAAACGGCGCCUGAUUUAUAGUCGUUUGCACUGAUUUGCACACUCUGGCGCUAACACUGUCUAAACACAGAAAAUUAGUUAUUUAUAUCUUUGCAAACACUUCGCCGCGGUCUGGGCUGAUGCUCUUGAUUAAAUGGAGGGCUAAGCUCUGAUUAAUGAAGCUGAAUGGUGCGUUAAAGAAUCACCCAAUGGCUUCUUUUUAUCUUUUUCAUUCAUCACCCUGCUGCCUUUACUGUCUGGCAAACAUUAGGUGCAGUCCGUCUGAUGUCAUAGCUACACAGGGAUUAGAAAAAUAACUCUGCAGUCUGUGUGGAGAUAUUCUCCCCUUUAUAUUACUCUAUUAAAAAUAUACUGCAGGAUAUUUCUAUUACAGGUGUUGUGAUGUCAUCUUAAAGGGUCAUGACGUCCAGAUUUCAUAGGAUUGUCAUGCUCCACAGGGGAAGUGUUUGCAAAGUGCAUGCACAUAACUAAAUUUAAUUAACUCAAUUAAGACUUUUCCUCAGUGAGUUCUUGGUACAGCUGUUAUUUUUUAAAGAUAUCCACAUAUGCAUACUCUAAUACUAAUAUUAUUGCAUUCAAAUAUAACAUGCCAUACCUGCUAUUAACUACGUUCAAGCAGCUCUCCACACCGUAUCAGUGGUGCACUCAGUCAUACAGGCUACAGUCAGUCCUGUCUUACCUCAGCCAGAGAA